GUUACGGUCCUUGGUGUUUACUCGAGCUGCAGGUUGUUGACUCGACAUUUUGUUCAAACUGUCAGCGUGUGUGCCUUAGUGUAGACUAGUCAAAUUUGUACUUCACUGUGGCAAAAGAGUAUUCCUGUUGCAAUCAAUGAAUAAAUGCACGUGCUGUAAACAGUACAAAUGUCAACUUUGGAUCGCCUAGUCUGGUCUAGUCUCGUCACUGGCGUGAGCAGAGAACUCACAGCUGACAACACAACUGUCGACAAGCUAUCCCUUGAAGAAGAGCUAGUUUUGUGAACUUCAAACUAUAUUUUCUGAAUGAACGCCUAGCCUCAUUAAAAUGUCUCGUCUUGCGUGCGCUGUUUCAUACAUGUGCCUCUUCCUCUCGGCUUCAUCCAUGGAAAGCCCCAUGUCGGAUGACAAUCAUCUUUUCGUACUCGACAGACCCUUCAAAAGUUCAGCUAGAAGACUUCCCCGAAUUCGCCGCAGUCCAGACACCGGUACCAGCGUCGACAUUCGCAAGUUCUACUUGACCUCACAGCUAUACUUCCGUUUUGCCAAGGUCACCAUCGAAAGCGAAGUAGUGAACAAUGCAAACGAUGCCCGAAGCCAAGAGAUCGCUUUCACUGUGCAAGUUCCCGAAAGCGCUUUCAUGUCCAACUUUACUAUGGAGGUGGAUGGGGUCGUAUAUGUAGCGAAAGUGAUGGAGAAAGAUCAGGCGCAGAAGCAGUUUGACGAGGCCCGCGCGCAGAACAAGACUGCCGGCCAGGUAAAACAGGUGUCCAAGGCCCCGGCACGUGGCACAGACGUCUUUAGCAUCAGCGUCAACCUGGCGCCGAGGGCUGCAGCCUACUUCACUCUUACUUACCAUGAACUGUUGGAUCGCCGCUUGGGGAGGUAUACUCAACGACUCUUCCUGGCACCUGGUGGUAUAGUGGCUGACUUGAAGGUAGAGGCAUCCUUCGCUGAGGAGCAAGGGUUCAAAUCAUUUGUAUACAAGCUACCUGGAGAUCAAACAGAGUACACAUCAGGGUCAGACAAUGUCGUGAUGAAAGCCAGCGUCAGCAGCAGAGCCUUGAUCUACAAACCGAGCGUGGAAGAGCAGCGCACGUUCAACAGCAACACGGGCAUCAGCGGGGAGCUGGUCGUCACCUAUGACGUCAGCAGGCAGAAAGACGGCGGCUUUGUCGUCGUGCAGGACAAUUUCUUCUCCCACUUCGUGUCACCUUGGGCACUUCCAGUCCUGCCCAAGAACCUCCUCUUUAUCAUCGACAUUAGUGGGUCAAUGUCUGGCCCGAAGAUCCAGAAGGCGAUGGAGGCCAUGUUGAGCAUUCUGGACGUUCUGGGCACCAGGGGGGUGGACGCCUUCAACAUCCUUCUCUUCGACGACAGGCUAGAGGAGUGGCGUAGCCUCCCAGCGAGGGCAAAGCCGGAGGAGGUCAAGGACGCGAAAGGUUACGUCAAGGAAAGACUAGAAGCACGAGGCGCCACUGACAUCCACCGGGCUCUGACGCGCGGACUCACUGUGUUGCUAGGCGAUCAAAAGCAGCGCUCUUGUGAUGUGGCGAACAUGAUCAUUUUCCUGACGGACGGCGACCCCACCGCCGGGGUCACGAACACCAACACCAUCAUCUCUGAUGUCACUCAGCUCAACAAUGGCAGGGCCUCCAUUUUUUCCCUAGGCUUCGGCUUCACUAUGAACUUUGAGUUUCUGUCGGCUCUUUCAGAGAACAAUGCUGGCUUCGCCCGGCACAUCUAUGACGAAAGCGACGCAAACCUUCAGCUGCAAACUUUCUAUGAAGAAAUCAGCCAACCCGUGGCGUGCGAUAUACAGGUUGUGUACAACACCGAACUGGUAGACGCACAAAGGGUCUCGGACACCACGGAAAGCCUCUACUUUGACGGGAAGGAACUCGUCGUCGUUGGGGAAAUAAAGACGUCGGCCAGCAAGCUCCUUCCGGCGAACUUUGGCGCCCGCCUGCAAGGGACAGGGGCCAACGGCAAUUUCGACCUUCCUGUUCCGACCGGUAAUAUCAAAAUCAUCGGGCAAGCGGACUCUGACGUGGAAUCGGGUUUGACCGAGAAGCUAUACGCCUACCAGAAGAUCAAGCAGCUGCUAGCCAGCCUGCUGAAGAUCACCUCGGAAGUGGAGAAGAACAGAACGAGGCAGAUGGCCUUGGAACUUUCCCUGAAGCACGGCUUCGUUACGCCUCUUACCUCCUUCAGCACUGUUGUCGAUCCUGCGAGUCGAGACGGCUCUGUAGACUUUGACUAUGCUGACGACUUUAAUUUUGGGCAAGCCAGUUUCAACGUUCGAAAGCAGUCGGCAGCCAGUAUUCCUCGUAAACUGGCCUACGACGAUAUUCUAACUGCCUAUUCAUCUGCAAUUUGGAGAAAAUCUGUUCUUUUCGUCCUAUUGGUUCUGGCCUUUUUUUCGUUAGCUGCGAAAUAGACGGAAUUAAAAAACAAACAAACAAACGAACAAACGCUUAAAGGAUGUUGCUAUUUUGACGUUUAUGAAUUUUUUGGAAACAUUUUUGGCAUGUGUUGGUUUCGAAUUCUAGCUUUGCCUUUGUUUCAUGCUCAUAGGUUAUUUGAUUCAUUUUGUUUUUUUUUUUAGGGGUGGGUGGGUUGAUGUGUUGUGGUUUUUUUUUUUCAUUGUGAGUUUGGGAGAACAAUUAUUAUUGCCAAACAUUCAGAUACGAACUAUAAAACGAGUCGAUUUUGCCCCGUGUUAAAUUAUUAGGUCUUUUUCGUGGGUAAUAAUAGUAAGGUCACAUUUGUGUGUGUGUGUCGCCUCAGUUACAGCGGCGAUAGGGGAAACAUUUUGCAGACAAUGAUGUCACGAAGAGUCUCAAUUUGGCACGAUUGGCUGUCCAGCCAGUGAAAAAAUUCAAAAUAAAUUUCUCACAUAUUUCAUCUUAUUCACCAUCAUAGUCUAUCAUUGUCCUCUUCUGUAAAACAUCACACCAGUGGACUAUUGGACUAUGCAUGGUGUUGUUUGCUAAGACAUUCUGUUGACGCAGAUUUUUUAUAUUGAUCUUAAUACCAAUAAAAAAAUAUUCGAAAUGUG